AAUCUCGGACGGGAUCGGGCUAUAUGCCUCCUUCUGUCAUGUUGAGAGGAGCGAUGAGCCCAACGUUUACCACCAAGGAUCCUCAUAUGGGGGACGACAACUACCAAGCCCCAAAACAGCCAUAUGACAAAACGCAGGUGGAAGGAGCAGACAACUCGUCUUCUUCAAGUCUUGGAAGUCAACUUGGAAUCUUCGCCUUAGAAGGAUGGGGAUCCGGAAUACUGACACCCACAGCCACUAGCAGCACAUUGUGUGUCUACCUGGGCAAGACUCAUACUUCAGUGCGGUCGACAGUGCUGCUAAGGCUGAAGAACGGUUCGCCCUGCAGCAGCAUCCCGCUUGGCAAUCAGCUAUCAAGGCUAUUGCUGGUUCCAUGGUUCAGUGGCGGCAGUCUUGGUCUUGAAGUUGGGCCCUGUACUAGCACGUACUGGGUAAAAGCACCUCAAACCGAGAUUAGUAGUGGUCUGCAAUACUGGCCGUGUUUCGCCCGCAUUAUUUGCGGCGGGAGGAACCACCACGAGCUUGGCCUGAAAGUACCUGCAUGAUCACGGCUUGCGGGGGUCAUCUACACCAGAUACCUGACUCAGCGGCAGCCGUCACGGUGUCUCCUGGAGGGGCCUCUUCUCGUCGUGCUGCGGCUGACACAGAGUCGAGAGGCGUUUUGAUCAAAAUGACGAUCAUGCAUAUCUACUUUG